GGCGGAGCUUCCCGCCGCCGCUGGUGGCCGUGUCGUGGUUCAAGGCUGCCACCUGCAGCUGCGCAAGGUCGAGGCGAAGCUAUAGGAAGUGUUCUGGUCUUGAUUGGUGGCCGGUGGAGUGAGAGAGAGUUUGGAGAAGUUUUGCUCUGUUUUGGGUGGUUUCGGACGUGAGAGAGAGAGAAUUCGUUUCUUAGCUUAAUUGAUUCGUUCUUCCACUCAUGCAUAAUCAUGUUAAAGCACCGGCCUUCAAAUUAUGCAAUUGUCCACUAACCUUAAAUCACGGAACCGGUGUUUGCCACCAAAUUGUUUGAUUAAAAAAAACUAGGUUAUUACAAUCUACCCUCCUUAAAGAAAUUUCGUCCCGAAAUUUAAGCGCAAGUUAAUUGCUCUCGAUUACAGUUAACCUAACCAUCGAAUCUCCAUCUUUCCCAAAACUGUAGUAAUCUACAAAACCACAGCCCUUUGUAUAAAAAUACAUUCCUAUGGCCACUAAAUCCUUUCAUCACAAACGUAAACUCACACAACGAGAAUUCACAAAUGAAAUCCUCAUCCCCACUUAAGUCAUCAACAUGACAUUCCUUCACCGCAUCAUUUCUCAAAAUUACAACACAACAAUUGCCUCAAGCAACCCACACUCAAAUCACCACGUGGCAUUGCACAUAUAGCUGUUUUCACACAGAUCGUCAUCCUGUACUGGCAUACAAGCACAGUAAACACUCCCACAAAGCGUUUCGCUUCUCAAUUAGCAUCACUCAAAACAAAUCAUUCUCAAAAGCACGCCAAUAAAACAUGUCACCCAGUGAUGAUGACUUGGGCUUGCUCAAUCCUUGGGCUAAGCAUUAGGGCUGGCCAAUUGGGCCGAAGAAACCGAACCAUUCACAUUUCGAACCGGCCCGAAACAAGUUGGGUUUAACAUUUGGGCCUACCAUUCGGCCGAACAAUUGGGCUUACUAUUUGGGCCUACCAAUCGGCCCACCAACUUUCAGCUCGACUACGGUAUGAAAUUGUACAUACCGUAUAUACGUAUGCAUACCGUACAGACCGUAUAUAUGUAUGUAUACCGUACAACUGUAUAUACGUAUGCAUACCGUACAGACCAUAUAUACGUAUGCAUACCGUACAAACCGUAUAUGCGUCCGUAUAUCAAGCAUAUACGGGAUCCAAAAAUAUUUGUAGGAGGUAAGGUUCGAACUCCAGACCCCCUAAACCAAUGCUUCUCUCCCAACCACUGAAGCAAGAGCUGCUUUCAUUAAUAGAAGCACACGCGUUAUAUUUAUUAUGUCCUAAGCGAACAUAAAUAAAAUAUAUCAGGAGGCAAGUCUCGAACUCCCGACCCUUUAAACCAAUGCCUCGCUCCCAACCACUGGAGCACAAGUUGUGCUUAAUAAAAUGUGUACAAAUUUUAUACUUAUUAUGUCAUAAACGAACAUAAUAAAAAUAAACGAGAGGCGAGGUUCGAACCUCAGACCUCUUGUACACGAACUUUACACUCAACCACUCGAGCACGGCUGCUCACGUUAUUAUUCAUACCAAUCCUUUUAUUUAAACCAACUGUUUCAACUGUUUCAACAAUUCGGCCCAAAACAUCCAAGACUGUUUCUGAAACUCGGCCCAUCAGGCCUCCACCCACAGCUACAGUGAUGCCUUGAUCCGAGACAGGCCCAAGUACGGCCCACUUGUGUCACGGCUUAUCCCUUCCGUGAUUUACGGCAGUCAAAUCUGCUUUCGGCUACAGCUGUCUGCCACAGCGCCUCGAGAUUCCCUCGGUCCCCUUACACGCUCAACACGCGCCAACAGCUUUUCCGGGUUUCGGGGCGACUUUAAUCCAACGCGUGGAUUCAAAUUCUGAGAUCGUUCAUCCAACGGUGGAGAUCUGCUCACCUUGUUCUAUAAAUAGGUGCAUUCUGGAGACGCGACUGUUCACUCCAAAGGAAAAGAAAUUUUCUUCCGAGCUCAAGCCUUUCUCUCUCAACUCUUCAGCCUUUCUCUUCUCAAAUCCCCAGGUUUUUUUCACUCUCAAAUCUUCAAUCCUUCUCUCUCAGAUCUUUUCUUCCAUUUGAAGAUUCGAUCUCUUCUUUCCUCUGAACUUUCAGAUCUCCAAUACCCCUUCAUCGACCUUAAUCCUUCUAAGGUCAAUCUCCCACAAACACUCAACAACUUCGUUCUUCAAUUUACACUUCCUCUCAACUCAUCACCAUGGAACCACGAACUCUGCAACUAAUGGAGCUACAAACCCAGCAACAAAUCGAGGAUGGAGGAAACAACCAAGCAGCCGGGAGUAGUGCCAACACAGAUUUCUGGCGAAGCCGUGCCAGGUGGGUUCCUACUCCAGAUCAAAUAAGGAUCCUCAGGGAUCUUUACUACGACAAGGGAGUUAAGACCCCAACUACAGAGCAGAUUCACGAGAUCUGUCUCCAGCUGCAACAGUAUGGACAGGUUGAGGGCAAGAACAUUUAUUUUUGGUUCCAGAAUGUCAGGGCUCGAGAGAAGCAGAUGAAGAGGUGCAAUCAGGCUGCUCAAGUGCCCAUGGGAACUAGUUCUCCUGGUACUGGUGGAUCCAUUGAUCUCAAUUUUGGGUCCACUGGUUCUACUGGUGCUGGUGGAUCCAUCGACAUCAAUUUUGGGCCAGCUGGUGGAUCCAUUGACAUCAAUUUUGGGUCCACUAGUUCUACUGAUGAUGGUAGAUCCAUUGAUCUCAACUUUGGUUCCACCUAUUCUACUGGAGGACAAACAUCCCUGCAACAACGAGGAGGAGAUCACCAGGAGGUUGAAACUCUUCCUCUGUUCCCCGUGCACGGCGAGGACGUCUUUGGUAACCCGAAGACUACUUCUGAGGAAGGUAGCGCAUUUGGUUACUAUUCUGGUGGCUCAGGCGGUUACAACAGUGGCUCUAACGUUUCUCUUGAGCUCAGCCUCAACCCAUCCGGAGCUACCAAUUAGGCUUAGUAUAGCGUAGUUCCAAUUUCCUUUUUGUAAUAUUAAAUCAAUAAGAUGGUGUGCAUGUAUGUCGUUUCUUCUUUUUGUUAAACCAACAACAACACCAAGGAUCAACCUUGGUCACCCAAUACUAUUUUCAAAACCAUUGACAACUCUGCUGCACACAUCAAUCAUAAUGAUUUAUCACAAACAAUCAAUUAAGUUGCACAGAGGUCAAGCUAGUAUCCUCUGAGUCAAACCAAACACAAUAAUUUCGUCGCUAGAAUUAGGGAUUAAUAAAGCUAAACACUUCCUGAGUUAACUAGGAAAACUCACAUCCUUAGAGUUACUCGUGCUAGUCAUAUAAAAUCUCAACCAUUCCCUCUAAAACAUGCUCCAUCAAACUUACCAUAAUUCAACCCUAAGAUUUCACGAUUCAUACAUCGAAUCAACUCCAUACCGCAUAGUAAUUCACUUGAACCACUAUGGAUACCCAAUCAUGUCACUAUCAUCAAUACCCAAAAUUGUAUUUAACCAUUUCACCUAAAAUCCAUAACCAUAGAAACACACUCUCGUCCAAGAUCAUUAACAAAGAGUUGAUUCUAAUUCUCCCCAUUAUCUAUCAACUAAAAAUCAAACUCUAUUUCAAAACUUUAAGUGUCCCGUCUACAUAAACUUAAAACACAAAACAACCUCAAAUAUAUAGUCGUUCGUCUCAAUCACUCAAACACGAGAUCAAACUCCUUUCUCACAACUUAAACCCUGCUC